CUGCAUCGAGUACCAGGGGGCAAUUUUCGGAGCUCUGCGCCAUGCGGCAGGCUUUUACUCAAGUCAGCCAAAGGAGCAGCGACAGGAGCCGUCUCGUGCCGCGCGGCACGGUCAACUCGACGUCCUUCAGCGUCAUGUCUUGCAUGGACCUAGAAGCCUACAUCCAGAAGCUCGCCGCCUCCGCUCGUAAGGAUUGGGAGCAGGAUGACGAUGAGUUGCGUAAAAAGGUGAAGGAGCUGGCGCGCAUCAAGGCCGAUCUCGACGUACGCUGAGCCGGGGGAAGCCCUUUAAUGAACCUGUCUUGAUGAUGAUGAGCGAGAACGAAUAAUAGCAAGCAUAGGCGUCAUAACUUUCCCUUAUGAAUUCC